UCUAAAAUCAAACCAAUCACUCCACAAUCACACUUCACAAAUUCCCCAUUUCUUCACUUUCUUGAUUCCAAUGGCCAUGGCUACUCAAGCUUCUUUAUUCACACCAACAAUCUCCAACCAAACCAACCCAUGGAAACAAGCCUCACCACUCACCUCUUUUACCCAGACCAAACCACUCAAAUCCACCCCAAGAUUCACCACCAUCAAGGCUGCAGGCGCCUCAGAAGGCGCCUCAGCCGCGGCACCAGUUAAAGAAGCUCCAGUUGGUUUUACACCACCAGAAUUAGACCCAAACACCCCAUCACCAAUCUUUGCAGGCAGCACUGGUGGCCUGCUAAGAAAAGCCCAAGUUGAAGAAUUUUAUGUGAUCACAUGGGAAUCACCAAAAGAACAAAUCUUUGAAAUGCCAACUGGUGGAGCUGCCAUUAUGAGACAAGGACCAAAUUUGUUAAAACUUGCAAGAAAAGAACAAUGUUUAGCUUUAGGGACAAGAUUAAGGUCUAAAUACAAGAUUAAGUAUCAGUUUUAUAGAGUGUUUCCUAAUGGGGAAGUUCAGUAUUUACACCCGAAAGAUGGGGUGUACCCCGAAAAGGUUAAUGCCGGUCGGCAAGGGGUGGGUCAAAACAUGAGGUCAAUUGGAAAGAAUGUUAGUCCUAUUGAAGUUAAGUUUACUGGAAAGCAACCUUAUGAUAUAUAAUGAUCAUCAUGUAUUAUAUGCGAUUAUGUAACUUUCAAGUUAAUCAAACAAGCAUUUUGCUACUUUUUAGCA